GAAGACUACGUAACAUAUGGGACUGGCGGGAAUCUCUGGUCUGCACUUGCUUGCCGCUUCACUUCUGUCAACAAAUGUCAGCUAUCACUUUUUGACUAGUAUUAUCUAACUUCAGUUGAACGCCCUUCGUUUGGUAGGAUCAUAGAAAUGCAGGCGUUUCUGAAAGGAACAUCCGGCCAGAGCAUCAAGCCAGUGAAGGACAAGGCAGCUGGAUCAGGGGAGAAGAAACCUAAAGCUGUACCAUGGGUAGAGAAAUACAGACCAAAAUGUAUAGAGGAGGUGGCAUUUCAAGAGGAGGUGGUUGCAGUUCUGAAGAAAUCCCUAGAGGGCGCUGAUUUGCCCAAUUUACUGUUUUACGGACCGCCAGGUACCGGAAAGACCUCCACCAUUUUGGCAGCAGCUAGAGAGCUCUAUGGACCUGAGCUCUUCAGACAGCGUGUGCUGGAGCUGAACGCCUCCGAUGAGCGAGGGAUCCAGGUGAUCAGGGAGAAGGUCAAGACCUUUGCACAGCUCACCGCAGCAGGAAGCCGGUCUGAUGGAAAGCAUUGCCCUCCAUUCAAGAUCAUCAUUCUGGACGAGGCGGACUCCAUGACCAACGCAGCGCAGGCGGCCCUGAGGCGCACCAUGGAGAAGGAGUCUCGCAGCACACGCUUCUGCCUCAUCUGCAACUACGUCAGCAGGAUCAUUGAGCCCCUCACAUCCAGAUGCUCCAAGUUUCGUUUCAAGCCACUGGCGAAUGAUAUUCAAGAGGAAAGGAUUUUAGAAAUAUGCAGGAAGGAGAACCUGAAGUAUUCCAAACAAGGCAUCGAUGAGCUGGUCAGGGUGUCUGAGGGAGAUCUGCGGAAAGCCAUAACGUAUCUGCAGAGCGCUGCCAGGCUAAACGGAGAAGCAGAGAUCACAGAGAGCACCAUUCUAGAGAUUGCAGGGGUGGUACCUCCCAACGUCGUCGACAACUUGAUUCAGAUCUGUCAUAAAGGGACGUUUGAAAAACUGCAGCAGGAAGUUAAGAACAUGAUUGAUGACGGCUACGCUGCCACACAAGUUCUCGGUCAGAUACACGAUUGCAUCAUCGAAGGCAACCUGAAUGACAAGCAGAAAUCAGUCAUUUGCGAAAAGAUGGCGGAAGUAGAUAAGUGUCUGGCUGACGGAGCGGAUGAGUAUCUGCAGCUGUUGAGCCUGGCGGCCGUCAUCAUGCAGCAAGCAACACAGACCUGAAGACGGCUCAUAUGCCAGCCAGCCGACGACAGGUUUAGUCACUAACCUGGGGUGCGUCUCUCGAAACAGUAGUUGUUAGCCAGUUAGCAACUUUGGUAGUUGUCAAUAGGAAAUUGAAUUGCAAACAAUGAAGUAGCUAACGUAGUUAGCAACUAUGGUUUCGAGAAAUGCACCCCUGGGGAGUAUUUCAAGGACACGGUUAAGUGAUAGACCUGGCUAAAUGAACCUACAUACAGUAGUAAACCUGCUAAUACAAAGCCUGCUGGUGUCAUUUCGUCAAGAAAAUUUGGACUCCAGCGCUUGUUAGAUGAUUUACCAUGUCAAGGUUAAUUUAACCUGGUUUACUAUUGAACCAGCUGCUUGGAAUACCCCCCUGGGGCAUGUUAACUGUUUGAGAGUGGGUAAACCUUUUGCAAUUAUACAACAUGGCUCUCUUUAAGACAUUUACAACCCAUUCAGUUGAUUACAGUUUGUCUUCUCAACCACAUGUAGUCCCACGGUCAUCACAACGGCAUCGCUCCCCCAACGUCCCCCACUUUGUUUCUUUAUUUGUUUUGUACAUUUUGUGAUAUUAAACUUUUUGUAUUUUUGAUGCA